AUAAAAUUGAUGCCAUCACAUCUACAUUAUCCCCUCCGUGAAGUCUCACUUUUAAUAAUAAGUAGUUUUAUAUUGGAAAGUAAAAGAUGGAUUUUAAUGUGAAGAGAUUUGCAGCGGACGCUGGUACUUUAUUCAGCCGGGCGGUGCAAUUCACAGAAGAAAAACUUGGCCAGGCUGAGAAGACGGAGUUGGAUGCACAUUUGGAAAAUCUCCUCACCAGAGCUGAAUGCACCAAACACUGGACAGAGAAGAUAUUGAAGCAAACAGAAGUACUACUGCAACCAAAUCCAAAUGUCAGAAUAGAAGAGUUCUUUUAUGAAAAACUGGACAAGAAGGUCCCAACACGUAUGAACAACCAUGAACUUCUGGGUCAGUCCAUGAUCGACUCCGGGACUGAAUUCGGGCCUGGAACAGCCUACGGAAACGCUCUGAUAAAGUGCGGUGAGACAGAGAAUCAGAUCGGAGGAGCGGAGAGGGAGUUAAUUCAAAGCGCGGCCAUCAAUUUUCUCACGCCUUUCCGCAACUUUCUAGAAGGAGACUUCAAGACUAUAUUGAAAGAGCGCAAACUGCUUCAGAACAAACGACUGGACCUCGAUGCUGCAAAGACCAAAUUAAAGAAAGCCAAAAUGGCUGAUGCCAGAGCUCUGCCGCUCAGAAACACCCCUCCACCGGGGGACGCUGGCUAUGUUGCCAAUUUCUCCUACAUGGUGAACUUUCUUCAUGUGAAGUGGUUGAAGAUGUGGACAGAGGAAGUGACAAAGGCAGAGCAGGAUCUGAAGAUGACACAGAGUGAGUUUGACAGACAGGCAGAGAUCACCAGGCUUCUCCUAGAGGGGAUCAGCAGUACACAUGCCCAUCAUCUUCGCUGUCUAAAUGACUUUGUGGAGGCUCAGAUGACAUAUUAUGCCCAGUGUUACCAGUACAUGGUAGAUCUCCAAAAGCAGUUGGGAAACUUCCCGUCAGCUUUCUCUUCCAACAACAACCAGUCGGCACUCAGUGGAGGGGCCAGUGUCUCAGUGCCUAUCCUGCCACUAUCAGCCCCUCUUUCUACUGCCACAGGUAACACUUCGUCAGGUUUUACUGAGCUGCAGAAAUUCAGUGGGAGCCGUAAAGCAAGGGUGCUCUAUGAUUAUGACGCCGCGGGCAGCAACGAACUCUCCUUAUUAGCAGAUGAGGUGAUAAUGGUGAGUAGCGUGCCAGGCAUGGACUCUGAUUGGCUGAUGGGUGAGCGUGGGAACCAAAAGGGAAAAGUGCCCAUAACCUACCUGGAGCUACUAAAUUGAGAAAAACAAUGAGUGUCAUUGGAACCAAAACACAGAAAAGUGUAAUACAGCAGUGCUGUGUACAUAUACAAGACAUGCCCUAUAAAUGCAACUAUGAUGUCUUGUGCUGCUCACAUGCAACAGUAUUUUACUGAACAUCGCGCCUUGCAUUCCCAGUAUGGGAAAAGGUUCUAACUGCAGAACUGUUUACAAAUGAAUUAAUGCAGAAUAUUUUUAAAUGAACUUGAUGUGAUGUUAAAACUGCCAACUUGCCUUGUUAUAUACAAAAACUGCAAAAGUGACUUAUUUUUAAGGAUUUACAACAAGAGUGUUUACAAAAACAAAGUAUUAAGGCAGAUCAUCAAAUUAUAGCACAUUUUAUGCAUUUUAAAGUGGCUUUGUUUAUGCACACAAACUUUAUUUCAGGUUCUGGAACAUUUCAAAGGAAUUAUUUUAGAUAACACAGACUGAGGUGGAAACUGAAUAUGCCAUAAUUUAUUUUCAAGGUUAUAAUCCCAAUUUAGCUGAUAUGUGCCUCAAUUAUUAUCUUCUGCCGUUUACAUUUAUUUUUAUUGCAUUAAAAGUUUGAGCACACAAAACAAUGCUUUUUUGCACGCAACCAGCCUUUCCUGUUACACAUUAUGAAACUGUCCCUUUUGUAUUUACAAAGACAUACAGAGCAGCUUUACUUUAAGAAGCACAUUCACACAGUAUGUACUGAAAGUAUUAUUUUCUACAUAAUUAUGGAGCUACUUAAUUUUCUGAUAUGAUAAAAAAUGUUUACCGAAAACUACCUUUUUGAACCUUUGUGCCUUACAAUCAUGUUGAGGUUAAUGCAGUUUAAAUUGUGUACAAAAAGAAAACAUUGGAGAUAAGUGCUAAUUUUACACAUUGUCAAAGUGCCAUCCUCUAUCUAAUAAAAGCACAUUCGUUUACUCUGUUUAUAACUGUCAAAAAAAAAAAAAAAAAAAAAAAAAGAUUAACUGCUUAAUAAGAUUUUACUAUCAUAGAUUUAUAAGCAAUGGUUGUAUUAUAUAAUAAUAAUAAAGUUUUAGACAUUUCA